AGAGAAAGGAAGGUGGGUGUACAUAACUCCCAUCCUCUGGAGGUUGAACCAUUCAAAAGAAGCGAUUGAGAAAGGUCUGAUCACACAGGCACAAGUAUGCAGCUUGUGAAUGCUCUCUGCUGCGGAGUGUUGAUACUCUGCUGGCCCCGGCACGCCUCAUAUGGACAUCUGGACAUAUAUACACAUAUGGACAUAUCGGCCUCCAUAGUUUCUCAUCACGCCACCCACAAUGCACCUUGCUUUGUGGAUGACGUAUUUGCAGUAUUGCGUGAAGGUGUUGGGAACGACGGUGAACUCACAAAUGCCAGUUUGACUCUGUUUGGAAUCUGCACAGUGUCUGACAAUUCAGCAGGCUCGGUCUUAUUAAAGCUCUCCAACGAAACAAGCAGAAACCAGAGAAACGGAUUGGAGGUUUUGCAUCCGACUGGAGUGCUUGUGGCAGAGGAAGACAACAGAGAAACACUCAGGUUGACCUUUGACCUCCCACCAUCUCCCUUGCUCAAGCAGAGCCCUGUGCUGCUCCUGGCAUUUGAGAGUCCAUUCAAAGGAGGAGACCUGGACGUCACUUUCACCAGUCAGUCUCUGCAGCCUAACACACAGUCUGCGUGCAUUUCAGGAGAAACACAGUACAUACUACUGACAGGAAAAGCAUCAGAGGGCACCGUUCACCAGCAAUGGAGGAUUUCUGUUGAGACAAAUUCCCCUGUUAUGAAGAAGAGCCUAAAAGACCUCCUCAUUGGUGAAAAAACAGGAAGUACAAUCAGCAUAACUCUACUUCUGCUUUUCUCUGGGGGAACGGGAACUGAUACAAGACAAACACACGUUUCAGGUUCAUCUCUGGCCUCUUCACAGACCUUCUCCUUCCUCUGUGAGCUGAAACGGUUCCUAGGUGAAGUCCUGCCUCAGCACCACCCUGAGUCCCCUCCAUUCCAGCUGGAGUCCUUACCCUCCAUGCCACCCCUGUCACUGGGCUUAUCCUCCAGUGAGACCCUGCUGGCAGGACUGAUCAACUCCUCUUUCCUUACUGUCUUCUCCUUCGCUAGAUGGGGCUCCAUUUCUCAGGUGCAUCCUGGACAGCUGGCCAUGUCUCCUGCACUGGUGGAGGAGGUCAGGCAGAGAUUGGGGCAGAUUGGGAUGCAGAUAAUGGAAGUAAUAAGGGAGAAGGAGGUGGGUCACAGGGCCACGGAGAGGCUGGAGAGGCUUCAAGAAUUCAGUGCAUUACCGACGAUGGAACAGGCAGCAGGACGGAGCCAGUACUGUGCGUUUCUUCUGCUGAAGGCCCUGCAGACAGUGGCCCGUGAGUACGAGCUGCAGAGAGGACUGCGAGCCACCAGAGCGGACACCAAUAACCCGGUGAGGGGCAGUGUCUGCAGUGUGAGAAGCCUCACCGUCAACCUUGAAAGGCGUCUUGUGGGUCCAAGCGCUGCCAACAUCAAAAACUGCCAUGGCUCUUGUGCUUUCCCCCUGACCAAUGCAAAUGACCAUGUUGUCCUGCUCCACUUCCACAUUGAGAGUGGGAAUAUGGAUGAGCGGGCUCCGUGCUGUGUGCCUGUUGCCUAUGAACCCCUUGAGGUGGUGGGUUUGAAUGAACAUGGGACUUACCUCUCCAUGAUACCAGAUAUGGUAGCAAAGGAGUGUGGAUGCCGCUGAAGCUGUUUUCUUUUUGGAGUGUGUUUGUGACAUGAGAGAUAUUUCACUUGUUUGGUUUGAUAGUCACUGACUGUAGCUUGUUAGGUGGAGGAAAAGUGUUAUUUAAUGUUUUUUUUAUUCACCUAUUCACAUAUGUUAAUUCAGAGAGACUUUUUUUAUAAACCUACCUAGAUGCACACAGCAAAAAUGUUUCACACUUAGAAAUAAUCAAGUUUAUUGAAGACAAAAAUAUAUGUGUUAACAGCUAUUUAUUAUUUUAAACUUCUUCUAUAACACCAUAUUUUGUUUUAUACUGAAGAUUCCCCGUAUUAAAAAUAUUGUUCUAAGAAACAAA